AUGCCUAUGGAGCAAAUUCGGAAGCGUUUCAUAGAAGACGCCAACGUCUACCCUGAAUUCGCGAGGCAGCGCGCGUCGAACCCUAUCUCAGUCGCGUCUACUGGCUCAACCAGCUCUUCUCGCUCUGUUCCACCAGCGAAAAAAUCCGUCGAGAAGCGCAGCACGGUUAUCAUCUCCUCAGAUGAAGAAGACGAGCUCAGCGAUGAUUCGGACAACGACGUUGUCGAGGUAUCGGCACCAAAGCCGGUGAACAAGCCUGCGACCCAACCACCCUCCGCGCCACUCCAACCUCGUACGCAGAAUAUGGCACAACAACCUCAACCCCAGCCGCCUUCUGCAUCUCGACCGCAGCCCGACUACAACUUCGUUACAAAACCAGCCCAGCCUUCCAAACCGUCUCAACCUACCAAGCCUGCGGUCCCAAUUCACAUUCCUUCAAAUCGUGACCUAUAUGGCCAUGGCUUCGUCCCACAGCCAGCUCGGACAGCUGAAGUUCCUGGUGAUGGCGAAGAGGUCAAUGUUCCAGAUUUCCGGGACGAUAACACCUGGAUGAGUCGCGACGAAGCAGAGAAGGCACUCCGGGACCUCAUGGGCGGUGGCAUGAACCAAGAGCUUGACGACACGAUAGAAAUCGACGAGACUGAAGGCAUCGUCGAAGGAUUCAAGGAAGGGACUAAGUUGCUCCCCCAUCAGAUCUUAGGACGCGCAUGGAUGCGAGAUCGCGAAGAUUUGACGAAGAAGAGGACGGGAGGUAUUCUGGCUGAUGACAUGGGAUUGGGCAAGACGAUUCAGACCUUGACACGUAUCGUCGAAGGUAAACCACGGAAAACUGACAAGGCUGAAGGUUGGAGUGGGUCGACUCUUGUUGUGUGCCCUCUUGCCUUGGUUGGCCAAUGGGCCGAUGAAGUACAGAAGAUGACCGGCUUGAGAGUUUUGAAGCACCAAGGCACCAGCCGAACCACCGAUCCCGCUGUGCUACAAAGGAACCAUAUCGUCGUUACCACGUAUGACACCGUCAAGUCAGAAUAUGAGGCCUUUAGUCCAUCUGCGAAGGACGAGUCCAAGUCAUCCAAGUCAUCGGCCAAGAAGAAAAAAGACGAUUCGGAUGACGAUUCUUCUGAAGCGGAGACCUUUGGACGUACAGUCGCGAAGAAGGGAAAGGCCAAAGCCCCAGUGAAGAAGUGUGCACUUUAUGGUGUCAAAUGGUGGCGCACUGUUCUGGACGAGGCACAUAACAUCAAGAAUGUCAAGACGAAGGGUGCUAUUGCGUGCUGCGAGCUCCAAAGCAAGUUCCGGUGGUGUCUUACUGGUACGCCAAUGCAGAACAACGUUGCGGAACUCUACUCUCUUAUCAAGUUCCUCCGCAUCAAGCCGUUGUCUAACUGGGAAACAUUCAACAUGCAAAUCGCAAAGCCUGUCAGCAACGGCAGAGGGGCAGGCCGUGCCAUGAAGCGUCUGCAAGUCGUCCUUAAGCAGAUCAUGCUUCGUCGGCGGAAGGACCAGACCCUCAAUGGGAAGGUUCUCAUUGAGCUGCCGAAGCGACAGGUUGAAGUCGUCUCAUGCGAGUUUGAUCCCUCUGAGAAGGAGUUCUACGAUGCUCUGGAGACGAAGAUGGAGAGUGUGAUCGAGAAGCUCAUGGCCAAUUCAAAGGGCGGCAGCAGCUACAUCGGUGUACUUACCCUCUUGCUGAGGCUUCGUCAGGCCUGCAAUCAUCCUAUAUUGGUUACGAAGGACUACAAGAACGACUCCGACGCCUUGGAGCCCAAAGCCGUGGAGAAGGGCAAGGAUGACCAUGACCUAGAUGCUGAUGACCUUAUCGCUGCCUUCGGGCAGAUGGGUGUCGUAAAGAAGUGUGCAAUGUGCACCAUCGAGCUUCAUUCAAGCAACACAGGCGAAGAGCCCUGGAACACACAUUGCCGUGACUGCGUUCCUCUCGCUAUUCAAGCCGAGAGGGCGGAAAGAGAAAGGCCCUCGUCUGCGAAGAUCAGAAUGGUCCUGAAACUCCUGCGACAGGUUGACAAGCGGUCGGGCUCAUCUGAAAAGACCAUCAUCUUCUCUCAGUUCACAAGUAUGCUUGAUCUGCUCGAGCCAUUCCUGUCAGAGCAAGGUAUCAGAUACGUGCGAUAUGAUGGCUCAAUGGCUCCGAAGGACCGCGAGGCCGCCUUAGACAAGAUCAAAACUCACGAUUCGACUCGAGUCAUUCUGAUCUCCUUCAAAGCUGGUAGCACUGGUCUCAAUCUGACUGCUUGCAACAACGUGAUUCUUGUCGACCUCUGGUGGAAUCCUGCCCUUGAGGAUCAAGCGUUCGACCGUGCUCACCGCUUCGGGCAGAAGCGAGAUGUCAAUAUCUUUAAGCUCAAGAUAGAUGGAACUGUCGAAGACCGCAUCCUCAUCUUGCAGGAGAAGAAACGCGCUUUAGCUGCUGCCGCUCUAAGCGGGGACAAGAUCAAGAAUAUGCGCCUCGGCAUGGACGACCUCCUGGCUCUUUUCCGACCGGGAGGAAGGGACGAAGACGAGGAUGACGAUUGA